CGAUCUACGGUGGCCGACUGGCCGUGUGUGGUCUCAGAACGUUACCCACUAUACGCACGACAUAAUUGCGAGCGUGGAUUAUAUGCUUCUUUUUUGUAAUCACACAAACUGGUUACCAUCAUUAUUUAUUUACAGUGGGUGGCUGAAUGGGCGGUAAGAAGAAGAGAUCAACCCCUCCGGUGGUCGCUGUUGCUGCCGGCCCCGUGGGAACUGCAGCAGUAUCAGGCCGGGCUAGUGCUCCCACGGUUGGGAAUGGUGCGGCGGACGAGCCGAAAAAGCAACCAGGGAGCAGCAAGCAGAGCAAAACAGCCAAAGACAACAAGUCGAAAGUUCCAAAGACCUACACUCUGUCCAACAAUGCCCAGGUGGAUACAGGCGGUGGGUCGGACAAAUCUAUCCUGAAAGUUUCUAUCCAAGCGGACCUGGAGAAAAAGAUCAUAAAGCUGAUCAAUGACUUCCGGCAGGAGAAUGGCGACAAGGGGCCUGUGUCGGGAAGAAUCACCAGCAAGAAACUUUUGGAUCUGUACACAGCCCUGCAGAAGUUCGACUUCAAGCGGGAGCACAUCGAGGAGGCCAUGAAGACUAGCAUGCUCUACGGAGGUGAUCUCCACUCUGCCCUCGACUGGCUCUGCCUCAACCUUCGAGAUGACGAGCUUCCUGAAGGUUUCAGCCAGCAGAUGCAGGAAGAGAGUCAGAGGAAUCGGCCCCGUUUCCAGCCCCCUGUCCGACCCCGAACCCAGAGCCCCGAGCUACCCAUAAUGCCCCCUUCCAAAGACGCCAGCAAGGUGUGCAGUUACAAAAACAGGAAGUCGUCGUAUUCUGCCAAUCAUCUAAACCGUAAUUGCGCUUUCCAGGUGUCCGUGAAGGAUGAUGACGCACGUAUGAAAGAUUGGAUCUUAAGGUACGCCGAGCAGAGCAGCGAUGAAGACAAUGGUGAGGAGGGAGAAGGAGAGAAAACGUUGCAACGCAACCCCGAAUUAGACGAAAAGUUUGAUCCGAACGACAGGUAUUUGAUCCUGACCGCUCAGCUCUAUGACGCCAAAGAAAUGGCAAUGGCGGCCAAAACCAAAGGAGACAAGGCAGCUCAGCGGAUGGUGCAGGACAGAAUUCGCAUCAUUCAGCAAGAGAUGAAGUCGUUAGAGUCGCACCCCAUAUUCAACCCUGCCAUUAAAGUGGUAGACGCACCCCAAAAGGAGAAGUCGACGCCGUCUGUCAAUGAGGACAAAGAGGAAAUCGGUUUCAACUUGUUGGAGACGGCGCAAAAAGAGGCCCCAGCAGACAAAGUCGCGCAACCGAAGAAGAAGAAUGAGCCAAAGGACAUUCGUAACUUUGACUACACUGCACGCAGUUGGACAGGCAAGUCCCCGAAGCAGUUCCUUAUCGACUGGGUGCGCAAAAACCUUCCCAGGAGCCCGGCACCGGCCUUCCACAAAGUGGCUGCGGGCAAAUACUGGAGGUGCAAGGUGCGCGUUCAAAGGACGGAAGACGUUUUGGAAGUUUGUCCGACCAUCCUGACCGAGGACGGCAUGCAGGCUCAGCAUCUGGGUGCCACUCUGGCGCUUUACAACCUGGUGAAAGGACAGUCGGUGCACCAGCUCCUCCCCCCAACCUACCGGGACGUCUGGCUGGAGUGGCGGGAUGGUGAGCAGCAGCAGCAGGAAGAGACGCGCAGCGCUGCCAACAAGCCCCGAGACCAGUUCAUCGCCCGACUCCUGACCCGCCUCAAGCAGCAGCAGCACCACCACCAACACGGGCUCGAGUCUCAAUCCGAUGGGCAGACUCGGCUUGGCACUGCGGAGGAGGAGGAAGCAGAGGACUCCUGGGAGAACCUGGCCUCCCUUGAUAUCACGGAGAAAGCAAGAGGGGAUGAAGAGGAGAAGAUGGAGGGAAGGAGAGGUCAGAAGGAACAGGAAGAAGCGCUGCGAACGUCAAGAGAACUCCUCAUGAAGCUCAGGACGUCCCGCCUGGCUCAGAGACUCCUGGCUGAACGAGAGCAGCUUCCCGUCUUCCAGCACCGUCAACACAUCCUGGAAACCCUGCGGCGCCACCGCGUGGUGGUGGUGGCCGGCGAGACGGGCAGCGGCAAAAGCACGCAGAUUCCACAGUUCCUCCUCGAAGAGCUGCUGCUCGGAGGGGAGGCGGCUGGAGCCUGUAACAUCGUCGUCACGCAGCCACGACGGAUCUCCGCCAUGAGUCUGGCCUGCAGGGUCAGCCAGGAGCUCGGCUGCCAGGACGGGCCGGGUUCAAAGUCGUCACUUUGCGGCUACCAGAUCAGGAUGGAGAACCAGUCAGGCGAGUGGACUCGCUUGUUGUACUGCACCACAGGAGUUCUGUUGCGAAAGCUCCAGCACGACCGACACCUCAGCGCCCUGACGCACGUCAUCAUAGACGAGGUGCACGAGCGCAGCGUCCAAUCCGACUUCCUGCUCACCAUCCUCAAGGACGUGGCCUCCAGGCGGGCAGACCUGCAGUUGAUCCUCAUGAGCGCCACCGCCGAUUGUCACAAGUUCUCAAACUAUUUCAACCGCUGCCCCGUACUUAACAUCCCGGGACGGACCUUCCCGGUGGAGGUGUUCCAUCUGGAGGACAUUGUGGAGGAGACGGGCUACGUCCUGGAGAAGGACUCGGAAUACUGCCAGAAGGUCCUGGAGGAGGAAGAGGAAGUGAGCGUCGCCGUCACGCAAAAAGGCGGAAAGACGUUACAGCACCAGGAGAUGAUCGUGAGGGACUCGUCAGCAGGUUGGGAUUUAGGUCCCGAACUGGACCACUUCAGCUGCAGGACUCGCCAGGUGCUGCAGUACAUGAACCCCAACAAAAUCAACAUGGAACUGCUGGUGGAGCUCAUCAGCUAUCUCGAUAAAGCUCCACAAUUCACAGCACUGGAUGGUGCUGUUCUGGUCUUUCUGCCCGGCCUGGCUCACAUCCAGCAACUCUUUGACUUGCUGUCCUCAGACAAGCGCUUUAAAGAUAAAAACAGGUUCAGGAUCGUUGCUCUGCACUCGACGCUGUCAUCGAAGGAGCAGGCCGCGGCUUUCACUGUGCCCCCUGCUGGUAUCAGGAAGAUUGUGUUGUCCACCAACAUCGCAGAGACGGGCGUGACCAUUCCCGAUGUCGUGUUUGUCAUCGACACAGGAAAAACCAAGGAGAACAAGUACCAUGAAAGCAGCCAGAUGAGUUCCUUGGUGGAGACGUUUGUGUCCAAAGCCAGCGCCCUGCAGAGGCAGGGCAGAGCAGGGCGUGUCCGCAACGGCUUCUGCUUCCGACUCUACCCAAAGUACAGAUUUGAUGCAUUUAUGGAAUACUCCAUUCCAGAGAUACUUCGCGUGCCGCUAGAGGAGCUUUGUCUUCAUAUUAUGAAAUGCGAGUACGGCUCCCCGGAAGCGUUCCUAAGCGGCGCCCUUGAUGCCCCGCAGCCUCAGUCUGUGAUGAACGCCGUCAACCUGCUACGGAAGAUCGGUGCCUGUCAGCCCAGCUGCCACCUACUCACCCCGCUGGGCCAACACCUGGCGAACCUGCCGGUCAACGUCAAGAUCGGAAAAAUGCUCAUCUACGGCGCCAUCUUGGGCUGCCUGGAGCCCAUCGCGACCAUUGCGGCAGCCAUCACAGAGAAAUCUCCCUUCUCCACACCCAUGAACAGGAAGGAGGAAGCCAACUUGGCCAAAGCUGCGCUCGCGUUGGCCAACUCUGACCACAUGACCAUCUACAACGCAUAUCUCGGUUGGAAGACUUCCCAAAAGGAAGGACACAAGGCAGAAAUGUCCUUUUGUCGCAAACACUUCCUUAACCGCGCUGCACUUGCCACUAUAGAGGAUGUGAAGCAGGAGCUGAUGAAGAUGAUGGACCAGGCGGGCUUCUCGUCGCGCGCAACCCAGACUCCCGUGGUAUCCAAAGCGCCCGUGUCGUUGUUGGGGGCAGCGCUGACGGCGGGCCUGUACGACAGCGUGGCGCGCAUUCUCUGCGUCGCCUCCGUGGACGCCUCGGAGCUAGUGGCGUGCACGGCAGAGACGCCGCAGGGCCGAGCGCAGGUGCACCCAUCGUCCGUCAAUCGCAACCUGCAGACGCACGGCUGGCUGCUCUACCAAGAAAAGGUGAAGUACACUAGGAUCUACCUACGAGACACCACUCUUAUAUCCCCGUUCCCCAUGCUGCUCUUCGGAGGGGACAUCGACAUUCAGCACAGGGAACGCCUCAUAUCGUUGGAUGGAUGGAUGCACUUCCAGGCUCCUGUGCGCAUCGGUGUGAUUUUCAAACACUUGAGGAAGUUGCUGGACUCGUUGCUGGAGAAGAAACUGGAGAACCCGCGCGUGAAUUUAGAAGGUGAGAGGGCCAUCCAAAUCAUCUUGGAGCUGAUCAAGUCUGAGAACAUGGCGUAACGUAUGGAAAUGACAAAAUGGUUGACGCGAGAAUGACUAAUGAUUUUCUAUCAUGGUAAUAAUUCUCAUAUAAAAAAAUAUAAAUCAUAGGAGGAACUGUCAUUGCCAAAAAUUGUCGCAAUAAAGAUUUUUUUU